GCUCACUAUCACCGCAUCUCUGUUGUCCAUAUUGUUGAAUAGCCAUUAGCCAGGAGACCAGAUAUACAGUCACUUCGACGCUUUUCUUCUCACACCUGACAGAUCAUCAAAGUUCUUGGUAUGUCUUCUAUUUCUGAUAUGUCCACUGAUUCCCUUCUCUCUGAAAUGAACACCCCAGCCCCUGACCUGACUCCUGUCCCUCCUUAUGCUCAAGGCAAGAAUGGUCAGUUCUACGGGGGCAUCCCUCCUCAAUUCGCUCUGUGUCCACAGGCUGGCCCUGUUCCUCAGCCGCCUGUCGGGACAUCUUCAUCAAUGCCUCAGCCACUUCCUAACCAAGCCGCUUGUGAAUGCGCAUUGUUCGAGGCCAUCGUUGGCCUUGGUCAAUGCACUGAACACCUUGGCAAUGCCGUCUUAGGCAUAGCGAAUCAUUUCGCUCAUUUCCAGCCCCAGCCGGCUCCUGCUCAGCUGGCUCCUACUCAGCCGGCUCCUCAUCCAGUCUCUCAAGAAUGGCCGCCUGCUAUACGACCGGCCAAACUGAGGGUCUUCGAUGGCAAGGCUAGCUCUGUCAUCAGUUUUCUUCGGGAGGUUCACACGAACAUCACCCUUGGCGAGGCGUCCAUCCCUACAGAUGCCAAAAAGAUCACUUUUAUGACCAGCUAUUAUAAGGAUGGUGAGCCCAUGCUCUGGCACCACUCUCUCGAGCUGUCCCAGGACCCUGUUCUGGGAGACUUCAAAGCUUAUCUUAAGGCUUUUAAAAACCGCUUCGAGAGUCCUGACCUUGUUGAAUGCAUGAUGGACAAGGUCGAGACAAUGACUCAGACCCACUCUGCCGCUGAAUACUCUGCUCAUUUCCAGGAAGCUCUCGAAUACCUCGACAUUAAUGAACCACUUAAAAUUCAUUAUUUCCAUCGAGGUCUCAAGGAAGAUGUCAAGAAUGCUUGGGUCUUCUGUCGUGACAAGCCCGUCAUCUUUCUAUCGCUAUAGAUAACUGUAUUUUCCAGCACACCCAGGAACAUCAUUUCGAGUCUCACUAUAACUUGGGUCCUGCUAUCCGUCGCAAGCGUGAGCAUCCUCCCGCGUUCAAUGUUAAUCAAGCCCCUCAGUCUUC